ACGAUCUGCAAAUGGCAAAUCUAUGCAGAAGGAAAUUCGGUGGCUCGUGUAAUGUUUGAAAAAGCUGUAGAUUUAACUAGUGUUCAUAGUCAUUCCACGUAUAUACGAUGAUACAUAUCGAAUUUUAUCAAUGUCGCAUAAACAAUAUAAGCGUCGAAAAUCGUGUGACAGGCGAUUAAAUGUCAGUAAUAUCGUUAUUUCAGUUAUAUCUUAUUUUCGAUUGAGAUAUCAACAAAAUAUACUGAGCACAACAAAAUAAGUUUUCUCCUUUGCUGUCGACGACAACGCAACGACACGGAGACGAUCUGACGCAUAGAAACGCGUGCGCGCGCGCGCGUACGUGUACGAUUAUACACACAUAUGCAUUCAUUCGUACCAUCCAUUUUUGUAAAAAGGAAAGACGUUAAAGAGAGUAGUAACGAAAGAAACUUAUGUUAUACAACAUAGAUCGCGGUGUCAAUACAUAGAUUAAGGUGAUAGAGAAUCGUUUUCUUUCAGUUUCGUUGUAUAUAUUAAUGGUCAUAAUAAACUAUUCUUGUUCGUAGUAGCGUAUAUGGAAACUAUUCGGCAUUGCAUACAUCAAAAGAUGGCAGAAAUAUGACGAGCAUAACGAUAACGUGAUAACAACCGAUUAAAUUUGGCGUGAUACCUGCCGAACAUGAAUAUCGGUUAAAGCGAAAUAUAUAUUUAUUGUAUCGUUUGGAAAUUCAUUACCAUCGAAGAUCCCUCGUUGCCUACAUUUUCUUAAAGAAUUCAACGGAAACAGACGUCUCGAGUAUAAUGAACGGUGAGUAAAAAAACAAAUGAAUAGUCGUAUAUCCAUACUGGACGAAAUUAAUGUUCAUCGUAAAGUUGUCGAUGUGGCGCCAUGGAUAGGCAGCCAUUGUGCGCCCUUUGAGGCUGCCUUUCGAUCCUAUACUCGACCGUUACUCGUAUACCUGUAACGAACGUUCGAGAACUCGGAAUUCGUCCUCUGAAAUCGCAUUUAAUGGUCACCUCAUAUACGCCAUUUUUCGAACGAACGCGCCUGUGACGUGCCUAUAUGCACGUGCCUUUCGUAUCUUAAAUGUGAAAUUUAUUUACAUAUAUUUUAACUCUGCAUAUUAUUUUUUUUAUUGGUGAUGUGUAGUUUAUAAUCUCUAUUAUAUUAUAAUGUGCAAUUUUAAAUUUACAUAUUAAAGGAGUAAUUCUAAUAAGCAUAAUUAAUACGGCAUUUAAUAAUAUUAAUUAUGAUACAAUAUCGAUGAAUUUGACAAUAUCUAAUGAAAAAGUGAUAGCAAUUGUAUUUCUUUAUUUAUGACAUUGAUUUUCCCCACGAAGAACCUGAAACUUUCCCAAAAUACAAAAUAAUAAGCAUUGUUAUACAUAUAUAUAUAAUAUAUAUGUAUAUGAUAUAUAUGUGAUAUAUAUAUCACAUAUGUUUUAACAAGAAGUAAAGAAAGGAUGGGCAAUGUGUAAUACGUGUAUAUACGUUCGUAUAACGAAUCAAACGGUCCAAUGGUUUUGUGUUUCGAGUUCCUACGUCAUGAAUUUAUGUAUAUAGUGUUCUAGUACAAUGUCGCAGUAUUGUGAAACCUAUUGUUAAUCAUUUUCACUAAAAACUGAAGAAAUGGAUAUAUUCGUAGUAUUGUGCAGAAAAUGUCGACAAAUUAAGAUCGUUGACAAUUCGAAAGUGUAGUAAAGUGUACAUAAGUGAGGUAAAUUAAAAAUAAAAGCAGGAAAGAUGGAUGAAUAUGAUAAAAAAUUUGCGGAGAUGCAAAAGUACAUUCCAUUUUUAGAAGCUAUGAUCGAGAGGUUACAAAAUGUUAAGGACAAAUCAAGAGAGAUUCAGUUACAAAAAAUGCAAAGUCUGCAUGGAAUUUUAUCUAAUAGUAAACGGAAGUUAAAGAUAGAAACGUUACAAAGAUGUGAAGAUGUUCUUCAAAAGUUGCACAAUAAAGUAGAAAAGUUUCAGGGAAAUGCUCCAGGAUUACAUGUGCCGAACAAAAAAAUCGGGGACAUCGUUUCGCAGCCUACAGCUUCACUGGACGAUACUGAAAAGCGUAACAAGAAAAAAAAAUCGGCCGAUAUUCAAGUGAUAACGAUACAAACAAAAAUGGAAGAAACUCCGGCUAGUCCAACUCCCCCAGUUAGUCCUGAAACGGUACCUCAAAUGGCGCCUAUAAUUAUCCCUACAGAAAGAAGCAUUGAGCCAAUAUCAGAAAUCUCCGAUAAGCAUAUUAACUUGAACGAAAUGGAAAUAUCUCACAGUAUUAAGCCAAUCGUUAUACCGAUUGAACGUAACUGUGAUAUAAGUAGACAGUCACCGAAUUCAAGAAUUGGCUCGAUUAGUAACGAAGAUACCGAUGAACUUACAUGUUCCGAAUGGGAUAUGUUAGAAGAAUCCGAAAUACAGAAUACAAAAUUUACUAGAGGUACUUGGAAAUCUGUGAUUUCUAGUAACCAUGAUGUUUCUAAUGCAGCAAAACUAAUGAGCAAUAGUUUACCCCAGAAAAUGACCGAUUCUCAAACGACAACCAAAACUCGGCACAUAGUUACCGUCCCAGUACCUUCUUUAGGGGGUUCUAGGAGGCUUUCAUCGGUUUUAGAAAAAAAUAUGUUAACUGGAUUGAAUUUAGAUAUAAUUAAUUCAAAUAUUAGAACAGAAUCGCCCGUGAACGUUCCAGAAGUUUUACUUAAUUCACCCGAUCCUGAAAUGUUGUUCUCUAAGCCUAAAAAUAUCUCACCAAGGGCAAAGGAUGGAUUUUCCACACCAAAAUCAAAUUCAAAACCACCGAUGCUAGUUUCACCUCCACCUGUUUCGACCGAACCACCGCUCUCUAUUGAAGAUUUAGCCGAGCUACUCAAUGAAGAAGAAGGAACAGAAGAGGGUGAUAAGAAAGACGAUCAAUUAAAAGAUAACUCAGAUCUUAAAAGAUUAGGAUUGGAAAAGACAAAAGAAGAUACCCUAACAAAGAAAGAUAAUAAUAAAAAGAUAUCUGGCAAUACGGAUUUAAGUACGUCGAAACAUUUGCUUUCUCAAGACGAUAUUGAUCGGGAAAGCGAUAGACGUUGGGAAGAAGUGGACAAACAUAUUGUUAAACUUACAACAAGAAAAUGUUUACCAAACGCAGUUCAGACAUCGUCGAAUGCAAAACCGGAAACAUUAAAGUCUAACGAAAUAAAGGGUCCACCACCGUUGCUCCAACAUAAUUUUUCUUUAAAUAUUGAUAAGUCAAUUGAUCAUAGGCACCGAUCAUCUUCACCAUCUUUUAAACUAGAAUCACGUUAUGCUGAAAGCUAUGAGAGACAUCCGCGUCAAUUGCGUGAUAAUGUCAACGAUAAAAUUCUAAACCUGCACUCUCGUUUGCACGAUGAGGAAGUAGGAAAUGUACAUGUCUUGCAUGGUGGUCCUAUUAUGCAAGAGGACAGAAGUACUAUGCUUUAUCAAAGACGCGCACAAACUCCUAACAUAGGGGAUACAUCUAGAAUAGAUCAUUCGGUCCAACAGGAACAUUUUAAUAGACAAUCCGUGAGUCAGCCUUUAUGGCCAUCUCAUCCUCCCUCAAAUCCAAAUGAUUUUUGUAAUCCUCAAUGGACUUCUCCUAGUAAUUAUAAUGGAUUAGGGAAUAACUCGAUGCAAGGUAUGCCAAUACCUAAUUCUAUGUAUCAGCAUCCAAUGGGAAUGCUCCAAGAUAUGUGGAACUCUGGAGUUCCAAAUUCUGCUCCUAUGGAUUCGCACCCAAUUAACGAUUCGCCGAUCAGAUCGAGUCAUUUUAACGCGAACAUUAUGCCUGGAAUUAGACCGUUGUUAAGUACUCCGCAUUCACGAGCUCAAGAAGUUGGUCAUGAUGAUUCACCUAUGAAUCCAUCAAUAAUACCGCCUUUGAUGUCUCCUACAAAUUUCCCUCCUCAGUAUAGAGGUUUCCAUGAUGUUCCUUUUGAUAGACCUGUUGAUUAUCCGAUUUCAAGGCAAUCGUGGGAUCAACCGAUAAAUAGAUCGAAUGAACCCUCCUAUCGGAAUGAUCCUGAAAUGAAUUGUACAGAUGGGAUAAUGGGAAUGCCGGGUUCAUAUUCAAGACCUAGUACACCUUGUCCCUGGAAUAGAGAUAGAGAUCGAUGUAAUCGAGGUAGAGGUAGAGAUGGGUAUUACAAUGAUAGAUGUAGAGGAGAAGUAAGAAACAAUUUUACUCGCGAUGGCCGGCCUAGACCUGAACGACUACUUAGAGAUGUUCAAAUUGAUUGGGAUAAUUGCAAUCGAUUUAAUAGAGACAGCCGAACUUCAGUUUCGGAUAGAGACCCACGUCUUCGAAUAGACCACGGUAAUACUUCGUCUCUAAACUCAAGUCAUAACCGAGAAAAUAGUAGUAGUAGUAGUAGCACCUCGAACAGAGAUCCACGUCUGACCAAGGAUAAACAAUCAAAUGUAAAUAAACUUAAAGAUAAUGCAUAUCAAGAAAGGGAUCCCAGAAAACGUUCAAUAUCUUCUUCGACGCUAUCCUCGACAUCACAAAAAGUCCAGCAAAAAUCAAAGUCGAAAAAAGUUGAGGCCUCUAAACGUGAUUCAGAUAAUAGUAGCAAACAAAUAAGCGACAAGAUAUCCAAAGAUAAGAAGCAAUCACCACUCGAGAGUUUAUAUGGUGUAAUAGAUACAAAGGGUAAAGGUAGUCAGUCGUCUGGAUUGCAAAAAUUCAAAAUACCAAAGAUCAAACGAUUAGAACAGUCGACACAUUCGAAUAAUUCUUCAAACGAAGAGAAAAAAUCUGAUAGCGAUAAAAAUAGCGCUGAAAAAGAAGAUACGUCUGCAGAAGUUACAAGUAGUAGUGAUGUGCCACAAUUAAAAGAAAAUUGGGAUGCGGAUGAUGUAAUUUCUGAGACAGUACCUUUAAAGAACGAGGAUGUUUCAACGAUAAAAGGAACGAAUAUAGAGAGAGAAGCUUCAUCCCCGACAACGUCAAUCGCUGAUAAAGAUGAAACGAAAUUUGAAGAGCCUGAUUCAAUAAUGAACACAUCCACCGCUACUUCCGAAAUUGUAGAGAAUGCAAAGAAGGAUGAUACAGAAAUAGAUGGACUUAAAUUAAAGGAUGGAGUUACUCAAGAAUGGAUCGAAGGUUUAAUUAGGAAAUCUUUAGAAUUUGGAGAGGGAAAGAAAUUAUUUGAACAAGCUAAAUUAAUACAAAAAUUAGGCGAAGCAUUAGAAGCAAAGAAAUUGAAGAGAAUUAAAAAGAUCAUCGAAUCCGAAUCUGAAAGUAGCAGUUCGGAUAAAGAUGAAGAUGUUGAAGCAAAGAGGAUACAAGUUAAAAAGAAGCGACGUGUUAUCGUUUCUUCUGAUAGUUCUGAUGAAGAUUGCUUAGCAGAAAGAUUGGAUAUAUUGACUAAUUUAUCAAAAGAGAAAAAUGAAAACAAGGAACUUGAGAACAAGGAACUUGAGAACAAGGAACUUGAGAACAAGGAACUUGAGAACAAGGAACUUGAGAACAAAGAACUUGAAAACAAAGAACUUGAGAACAAAGAACUUGAAAAAGAUAAUAAUAUUAGUGCCGAUAAUAGCAUUUCUAUGGAAAAGAAUCAGAAAAAUAUUUGUUUUAAAUCUAAGGGAUUUGUAAAUACUAUUAACGAACCUGAUAUUGAUAACUUAGAAAAUUCCUGCACUACUUUGGAAAAAUCUGAAAUAAUUGAAGUUCCGGAAUUUAACGAUGAUACGACCAAUAUCUUAGAAAAUAGCAAUAAUAACAAAGAAAUUGAAGACAAAAAGCAUGAUUUAGAAAAGAUACAAAAAUUCGCUGAAGAAUUGAAUGUGAAUGAACGAUAUACGUCAAUCGAGAAUACCUCAGUAAGUAAUAAUGAAUCUACUGAAGACAAAGAAAGUAGUUUAAAAAUUUCUAAACCAAAAACAAAAAGGAGAAAUUCUUUAGAAAUGUUACAGGAAGAUAUUCGAGAAAUGUUUAUUAGCGAAGGUGUGGUAUCUGCUACAGGACAUCGUUUGUGCCGAGUUUUAAAAGAAAAUCAAACAAGUACUUCUACAAUUACACCUACGAGCAAUCCGAGUUCAGUAUCUAAAAAAUCGGAACCAUGUAAACUAUCGAAUAAACAGAACGUGGAGAUUGAAGGUGAAGAGCAAAUAUCUAAAACAAAAAAAUUACCUAGAAUUCGAAAUAACGAGAAGUCGGGAAAAACUAAAUGCAAGAAUAAAAAAGAAGUGCAGCGAGUUACACGACAAAGUUCGAAAGAGCAAACUUUCAGUUCUGAUAGUGAGGAAGAUCAACCUUUAUCCUUACGGACUACUAAUCGAGAAUCGAAUAGUAACAAAAAUCUUGAUGUUUCUAAGGAAGAGGAUGAGAAAUAUCAAGAUGCCGAAGUUUUGCGUAGAAGUAAACGUGUACUUCGUAAGGACGUUCCGAAAGAGGCACGAGUUCUUAUCGAAAAAACGAAUAUUGCAAAAAUAGAUUCUUCGAAAACAAUGUUUGAUAGUUCUUCGGACGAAAGUUUAGGUAUAGAUAUGUCAGUAUUAACAGAUGUUAUAGAUACUUCACUUAAUAUGGAAAAACAAUCAUGUCAUCAACGUAGCUCAUCACAAGUAGCAUCUCCUAAAAAUAAACCAAAUAUUCAGAAUUUUUCUAAGAAAGGUUCAAAAAGAAAGCGUUCGAUGCUUCUCAAUAUUGAUAAGAUUGAGGAUACUGUAUCUGUCACGGAUGAGGAAAGUAUUAUUUCAGAUAUAUCUAUGUCGAGCAGUAUAUCAUCUGCGAAGAAAGUUAAUAAUAAUAUUGAUAAAUCGAAUAACGGUGAAGAAUUAUUAAGUGAUGUUGUAGUAGGACUGGUACCAUCUAAAGCGAAUAAAGACAUGUCUCAAUUAGAGAAAGGAAGUGAUGCUGACGUUGAUGAAGAUGUCAAUGAUUUGAUACGUAUUGAGCAAGGUCAAAAGAAAAUUUCAGUUAAGAAAAAGAAAAAGAAAUUUACUUGGCAGAUGGGUAUUUUAUCAAAAAAGAAAAAGAAAAAGACUUCAACUUUAGUGCAGGUAGAAUCUGAUCGAAUUAUUCCUGAAAUUCAACAUACAUCUGAGAAAAUAAGUAUUCAAAAAGACAAGUCUGAUGUAAAAGAAAAAACAGAAAAUCUAGUAGAAGAAAACAUUCCAGAAAAAGAACAUACAAAAGAACCUGUUUCACCCUCUGUAAAUUAUGAAAAUAAUAAUGCCGGAAGUAAUGUCGUAAAUAGAAAAGAAGAUAGUAAGAAAAAAGAUAGUAAAGAAAAGAAUAAAGAAAUAGAUUGUACAACUUCGUGUAAUGUAUCUAUAGAAUCAUCAGUAAAAAAGACUAUACUCCAAAAAGAAAACAAAGAAAUUUCACCUAUAAAAGAUGAUAAAACAUCUACGAAUGAGGAUGUAUCUUUAUUAUCAACAGAAGACUGUGUAUCCAGUGAACAUGAAACAUCUCUUAAUUUUCAGAUACAACAAUUAAUUGAAUAUGCUUGGACAGGUCAAGAAAGAUAUAAGUGCUUACUUUGUAGCUUCCAUGGUAAAAGUAUUACUCAUCAUUAUAAAUUGAAUCAUCCUGACAAGGAAGUUUUAAUAUCUAGAUUUCAAUCCACAGAAGCCCAAAUGGCAAUAGAAGAAUCUAAAAAUAAUAACUAUGAAGAGACAUGUACAGAGUUUUCAGAGAAAAAGUCUUAUCUAUUUAAUUGUAGAAUUUGUUAUUUUUCUACUGAAGGAACAAAAGAUGCUGCCAUGGAAGCGUUUUAUGAACAUUGUACAACACACACUGGCGAAUAUAGAUUUCAAUGUAAGAGUUGUCCUUAUCAAACUGUUACUAAAACAUCUAUGCGUACUCAUUACUAUAAACUUUGUCGCAAAUAUGGUAGUGUCUUUAAUGAAGUUAUGAUUGAAGAUCCAAUACCGAACGAGAAUGGUAUAUAUGGAUAUUUGUGCUCGGUAUGUAAUUAUGUACAAUUAAAACGAAUCAAUCUACAGACACACAUUAAAACGUGGCAUAGUGAUGCCACAGAUGUAAAUAUUAUAAAAAUAAAUAUGUCUACUGAUGCAACUGAUAUAACAAGUCCAGUUCCAAUAACAAGUGAAAAGUUGGAAUUAAAGAUUGAAAAAUGUGAAACUUCUCAAUCAGAAGAGAAACAAAUAAAUGAUGAACAAAAGAAUGAGGCAUUGAUAUCUAAUAACUGUGAAAAUAAAAUUACAGAAACACAAGUUAUUUCUGAAGAGAAGGAUCAAGAGAUUUCUGAUAAUAAGGAAAUAGAAUGUACAACUAAUAAAGAUUUGUCAAAUAUUCCACCUAAGUCUAAAGAACAAUUGACAUUGCUUGAAAAGGAAUCGACAGAACUAACAGUACCAAUUACUAUUAGUGAUAAAUUAAGUGUAUUUGUAUGUCCACCUGAACUGGAGCACAAAGAAGUAGAGAUUCAAUUGGAACGAAAAAAGAAAAUGCAAGAGAUUGUUGAGAACUUUGGUAUUAAAGUACAUAAAGAUGUCUCUGAAAAGAAAAAAUCUAUUAUUGAUACUCUCAAAGAUAAAAUGAAAACAAAUGUGCAUAAAGAAGAUAGUCAAAAUAAAGAUCUUAUGUUAAUAAAAAAUGUUUCUGAACUAGGUACUUCAAACAACUCUGUAUCUUCCACAAGCACAAUAUCAUCUGAAAGUAAUACAAAGACAACAGAAUCAUGUAUCUCAAAUGAUAAAACAACAAGUAAGGAAGAUAUAUUGAAAUCUGAUGAAUUGAAGAAAACUAAAGAGCAAGAUAAUAGCAAUACAGAUCAAAAUAAUUUAAAUCCUAGUUCUGACAAAACAGAUGUCCAAGAUCCUUUAGUACCCGCAAAUAUUGAUGGUAAGAACGUUGAAAGUGAAAUUGAAACAAGUGAUAAUGAAACUACCAGAGAGUCUGCAACUGUUUAUGAUUCAGAUUCUAGUAGUGAACAGACAGAUACUGAAAUAACUACAGAUGUAAACUCAAUAUUAAAAGAAACUUCCAAUGUAUCAUCAAAAGAUCCAAUGAUGACAACUAUACAAAGACUUGCUGCUCAACUUCAAAGUAUAAAAUCACGUGAUGGAUGUGCAUCUGAAAAUUCUACAAAAGUGCAAAUUAAUACUGAUGACAAAAUGUCCGCGCCCGCAUCUAUACCAAAACCUCCAAAUGUUGUACCUAUUGCAAGUAUUAAACAUUUCUUAGGGAAACAAGAUAAAAAAAUGUAUGAGUCCAUAAAAGAAAUCACAGGUAAUGAUGACGAUGAACCAAAAAGUUUCCUCAGAUUCAGACGUUUGAGCGGUGAUAUGCUUUCUGUGUCUAAUCAUUCUUCAGAAAAUCAAGAAGACACUGUAUCCUUAAGUGGUACUGGAAGCCAAUCUGAUACUCCAGGGGAUAUAUUACAAACAGAUACAGAAGAGGAAUGUUCAUUUUUAAAAAUUGAGAAUGUAGUUAGUCUUGCACCAUGUACUGAUAGUAUUGAAAGUGAAAAUACGAUUAUAAGUGAUAUCAGAAAAGCUGUUGAAACUUCACCAAUUAAGCGUAAAGCAGUCUCAUUACUAAAAAAGACUGCUCAACCACUUAUUUUAAAAAGAUUUAAUUCGGUAACUAUAAGACAGCCAGUUCAAAACAAAAGUGCUGCUCAAGAAUCUCUACAAUUAAUACCAGUCCAAUCAUUGACAUCUACGUCAUCGCAUACUACCAAUUAUGUACCCAUUGUCCCAAAGUCAAAGAUAAUUCAAAUAGAACAUAAUAAAUUACCAUUUCAAGUUUCUGUUGGUAAAAAUACUACUAUUGCACCAGUAACUACACAUAAUAUUACAGGCUCAAAAUCUCCAUCUCUUACAAAUCUAAAUUAUAAAAUCCUAAAAGUAGUUAAAACAUCACCUUUACUUAAAGCAAAGGAUUUAACAUCACAAUCGAUACUAACUAAAUUGAAGUCUUCUGAUGCUUACACUGCUAUGUUGAAACCUCAAAAACUCAGUCAAUUUUACAAGUGUAUGGCUCGAGAUUGUUCUUUUACAACAGAUUCUAUUACUUUAUAUUGUCAACAUUAUGCUCAGCAUGAUAUGUGUGUUAAUAAGAAGAAAGAUAAUUCUUCGUAUGACUACCAAAAGUGUGCCUAUUGUCAUACUAUUCUGAGUGAUUGGACACAAAUGCAACAGCACAUGGAAGAGAAGCAUGAACAUUGUCGUUAUCAAUGUAAUUGCUGCUUUUAUAGAGCAAUAGCACCAUCUUAUGUACAAAUUCAUCAGGCAGUAUCUCAUGCAGGAAACCAGGCUGGUAUUUUGCUCGGUAAAUUAAUAAAAGAGCUUCCAACAAAAGAAGAUUAUAAUCGCCAUGAUUAUAUACAACCAUUCGUAUGUCAACAUGAGUGUGGAAAGGUUUUUUAUAUACCAGAGACAUUCAUAUCUCAUUUGAAAACAAAGCAUUCAGUUACUCUAUCUAUUUACAAGUGUCAUCUAUGUUCCGCAUCAUGCUUAAAAAUAGAGCAACUUAUAAUACAUUACAAAAUUCAUGGGAUUUAUAAAUAUCAAUGCUUGUAUUGUUUAAAUGGUGCAGACUCAUUUAGUGAUAUGCUUACUCACUUAAGUCUAUUUCAUUGUAACAGAUUACCACAAAUUCUUGAACGUUCUCUGCCAGCACAGGCAGUAAGAACUAAAGAUGUAAUAAAUCAACUUUUAAUAAGAACCUUGGACAUAAAAACAUCAAGUGAAAUGAUAGAUGCAAAAAAUGAAACAGAAAAUAAACAGGAAAAAGAUGUCGAAUAUUUGUCUUCUGCUUCUACUCAAUCAUUGGAAGAAAUAUCUAUAUUGGAUGAAAAAACAAAUGACACUACAUCAGAUAAGAAAUUGGUUAAUAUAUUUUCAAUAUGCAGCAGUAAUGAAAGCAAUUCUUCGUCUGUUAAAAUGAGUCCUAAAUCUUGUGGAAAUAACUCUUUAGAUGCAAUGCAUAAUUCUAAUAGCUGCAAAGAUCUUCAGUGUGAAGAUGACAUAUCUGAAAUAUUGACUUCGUCACAAAGUUGUGUUCUUGAUAAAAAUCCACCAGAUGAAUCUCUUGUUCCUAAGAAGACCAUAGAAUCCGAAAAAAGUUGUACUCAAGAAGGAAAUUAUCAUACCUCAAAACACAUUCUUCAUGAACCUGAAUUACAAUUAUUAUCAGGUGUAGAUGGAGAUAUAAGUGCAGUAGAUCCAUUACGAUUAACGAAUAUAUUAGAUUGUUCGGAUGAAUAUGUCAAUAUUAAUGUUUUAGAAAAUCCUAAUUUUGUGAAAAAUGUGUCUGACAAUAGCAACUCACCACCCGAUAGUAAGAAAUCGAUAAUUAAUGAAAACAAAACAGAUGAUAGUGAUAUAGAAAUAUUAGAGCAGAUUGAAAUUUCUAAAGAUAAUAAUAAAAACAAAGAAGACAAAUUAAACCAAAAAAGCGAUGAAGAUAUCAAAGAAACAUUAAAUAUAGAUUCUGUUGAAAAUAACACUAAAAAGGAACAAGUAGAUGUAGCUCAUAGUAGUGCAGAAGCAUCAAAUGGUUCUGUUUCAAAGACACACGAUAAAUCAGAAAAACCUUUGACUUUGGAAGAUAUUAAGGAUACAGGCUUUACAGGAAAUCAAUUAUAUAAAUGUGGCUAUGAGGAUUGUGAUUUUAAUGCUUCAACUGCAGCUAAUCUUCGAAUACAUCUUAAAAAGUGUACUUAUAAAACACUCGAUAAGAAUUUAAAUUGUACACAUUGUGGCAAACGUUUUGUGAAAAUUGGCUUUUUACUUGAGCAUUUAAAAUUACAUGGAUUAAAACGUUUUGGUUGUUCACUAUGUAAAGCACGGUGUACUGUUUCCUAUCAAGCUAUGGCUCAUAUGAGAACAAAACAUAAAAUUCAGUACAGUAAAGUAAUUCCUGCCGAUCCAGAAAAUCCUUCAGCUGAUGGCCUCUUUAUUGUGCAACCUUUACGUCCAACUAAUGGAGAACGAAAAGGUAAAAAACGAAAAACAGCAAAGGCAUUAGAAAAGGAUGCCGAAAAAACAGCUGAUAUUGAAAAAUUAACUUUUGGCCCUGAUGAAAUAGAAUUAUUGCCUCGUCAAGCGAUAUAUAAUCGCGAAGUACAAUGUGCUGUCUGCCCUUAUACUACCAAAGUUAGAACAAAUAUUAUUAGACAUCUGCAACUUCAUGCUAAAGAUGAAACUGUACCAGAAAUUGGCCCAGUCAAUCCAGUACCUUGUUUAGAUAAAAAAGAGAGGAUGUUUGACAAAAUGGUUAAUCUUGCAAGUAGUUCUCAUCAAAAUGGUCGAAUGGGAGGAAAACCUAAAGACUCUCCAAAAGAUAAUGAUGAGAGUUUCAUACCUAAAUUUGUACCAGAACAUAAAAGAUAUGUAUGUAGUGUAGCAGAAUGUAAUUAUCUUACUGUCGAUGAAGCUAUGCUACGAUAUCAUUUAAAAGCAUUGCAUUCGGAUGAACAAUACUUUCGUUGCCCACAUUGUCCACAGCCAUCUUCUGGCCAAGAAGGACAAAAUAUAGCAAUAGAUAAAAUGGGAGUUCAUUUAAAAAUGCAUGAUACCAGACUUUAUAAAUGUUCUCAUUGUAAUCAUCAUCACUAUCAUAGGCAUAUCAUAGAAAGGCAUCUUUCUGAUAAACAUCCGGAGAAGAGACCAUUUGUUAAAGUAAUUAGAGAAUUAGAAAGUACAGAAAAUAUUCAACAACCAGCUCAAGAAGAAAUGGAAGAAGAAAUUCCAGAUCCAGAUGGUAAUCAUUGGAAAUGUAAUAUUUGUGAAUAUAAAUGUGUUUACAAAGCAGAAAUGAUCACUCAUGCGUCUGUAAGCCAUGACGAUAAGUACCAAUUCAAGUGUACUGUCUGCUCUUUCAAAACUAGUGUAAAAGUACUUCUCGAACAACAUAUCACCAGCAAACAUGCAGGUGAUCCAAAUGCUGAUUAUAUCAUGGCUUACCAGAAGAUAAAAGGCGUAACUAAAAAAUCUGGCGAUUCUUCUGAGCAAGCAGGACAAGAUGAGCCAUUUGAUACUACCCCUCUUUGGAGAAGGGAUAUGCCACGAGUGAGACAUAUUCGUGGUAUCCUUUUAGAGGAUGAAGAGGUAGGAAACGAAACGUCUGUUAAAGGAGGAAAAAGAAAGAGUGAUACAGAUUCAGUUUCUACAAGACCAGCCAAAAUUAAACAUGGUAAAUCGGUGUCUCUCGAUGAAAACAAGCAUUGUAAAGAGAAGUCAAAACGUUCAUUAUCGUGCGAGAAAAUUUCGAUCGAAAUGAAUAAUUCUAAUGAAAUUGAAAAUAAUACAUCGAAGGGAACUGUUGCUGAUAAUAAUGAUACUUCAUUAGAGACAACAGCAAAGGCCAAUUCGUCUAUUGAUGUCAAUGAUUUUAAUGAAUCAGAUGUAGAAAGAUUUGGACCUUAUGGGAAACCUGUGGGUAAUUUGUAUAUAUGUACAUUAUGUGAUCAAUAUAAAACGAAGUACAAACACGAUAUGCGGGAUCAUCUUUACAGAGAAUUAAAUUAUGCAAGAUGGCACUGUAAGGAUUGUGGAUUUUUGUCGGUAAAUCGUAAUGCUUUAUUAAAACAUUUUACAAAACAUCAUAAUGGAGAACGACCGGAUCAUGCACCUCUUUCUCCAGAUAAUGCUAUUGAAAAUUGGGUUGGUACUUUACUUAAGAGACAAACUGAUAUAAUGAAAGGAUUAGUGUUAAAACAAGAUAAUAAGGACGAUACGAGUUUGCAAUCUAAUACAAAAGAUACAAUUUUGUCAGAAUCAACAAGAAAUAAAUCUUCUGUUGUUAAAACGGAUCGCGAUAUCAUUAGUAAAGAUAUUGAAAUUGUAAAAAAUGUGAAUUUGGAUAAGAAAAGAAUACGCCAUGAUAUCAUUAACAGAAAUACAAAUGUAGAUAUAAAUGAUGACGAUAAUAAUGAUGAUAAUGAUGAUGAUAGUGAUAGUGACAAGAAUCUUGUUAUUGCUACCAACGAUGAAGAUGAAUCUUCUCAAGAAGUAGCAGAUGAACAAAUUUUAGAGGCAAAUAAAAGUAAAGAUUUAUUGAAGAACGAUGCAGACAAACCUCUAAUCUGUAAGCAUUGCAAAAUGAGAUUUGCUAGAUGGCGUGGAUUAAAAUUACAUGUGAAAAUAACACAUUUGAAACGUCUUGGAUUCCUAUGUCCUUAUUGUGAUCGUAGUACUAAUUCUGAAAGCUUGAUGCGUCAACAUAUUCGUUCAAAACAUUCUGGUUGCCCUGAAAAAAUAAUUAAUAAUCCUGAUGCUGGAGGUCCAGAAUUAAGUGAUGAAUUCUGGGAGAAGGAAUAUGGUAUUGUUAGUCCGAAAAAACGUUCUAGAAAAAGAAGACGAAAAGCAAAUGAUCAACUUAUUAAAGAUAAAACCGAUCGUAUAUCACACGAAAUGCAAGAAACUUGUAAUCAAUGUGGUUUUACUGCUAUGAGUUAUGCUGGAUUGAAAGCACAUCUAAGAAUACAUGCAUCAAAAAAUGCUCUUAAAUGCCAACAAUGCAAUUUCAGUAGUUCUAUAAAAGCAGAAUUUCGGGAACAUUGGGAGCUUAAUCAUUCACAUUUACCAUUUAAAAUCACGGACGAUAUGUUAAUGGAGGAUAUUGAAUCUACCAAUGAUGAUAUAAAAGAUGAGAAAUGUAAAAAAGAUACCGAAGGUUGUAAUACAAAAGAUGGAAAUUGUACAAAUAACUAUAGUUCAAAAGAAAGAAGAUUCUCUUGUUACUAUUGCAAAAUGCAAAGUAGUUCUUUAGAGAUACUACGAAAACAUUGGAGUUUAAGUCAUCAAACUUCGAUAAUAGAUGAACUAAAAGGAACGAAAAUAGAUCUUCCAUUUAAAUAUAAAGAAAUACUCGUACCAGUUUCAUGUGUAAAAAAUAUAGAAGACAGUGAUGUUAAUAUGGCUGUACAAAAUGUGAAUAAUUGCAAAAUUAAAGGAUGGGUUUGUCAGUGGUGCGACGAGCUAUGUUACUCCGAAAGUGCUAUGAAAGCUCAUCAAAAUAUGUUUCACUCUCAUUUACCGUUUCAUUUUAAAACGGAUAAUGGAGAAGAGUUACAUAAAAUAUACGUAUGUCCUAUAUGUUCUUUCACAACGAUUUUUAUUAAUGACAUGAGAAAACAUGCGUCCAAACACAUCAAUCUUUUUAAAUGUAAACAUUGUGAUAAAACCUUUAAUAAUCCAACUCAAGUUGAAAUUCAUAAUAAUAAAGAACAUCCACAAUUACAAGUAAAAAUAGAAAGCAUAACAAAUUAUAAAGAUAUGUUGGAAAACAUAAUGGAAAAAGUUUUGUGGAAUAGCAUGAAUGGGACAGAAGUAAAAGACGAAACGAAACAAGAGAAAAAGUUAUUAAAACCAAAAUUAAAAAAUCGUGCAGUUGCCAGAAAAUCUACUGCCAAGUCAACUAUACGUAUGCGUAAUAGUCCAUACAAAGUAAAAGCUGUAGCUCGGAAAUCUACACAUCCAUUACCAAGAUAUCCUUCUGGUACUAAUUUUUUAAUUAAUAAUUAUAAAAAUCAAGAUAAUUCUAACAAAUCUACAUUUAACCAAUUUUCGUUUUAUGGAAUUCCAUCAAAACCUAUUAACUUAGGACAAUUAAGUACAUACAUGGUAGUUGGAGGUCAUAGAAUGAAAGUAAAUUGUACUACUCUUGCUCAGCUGAUAAACAUUAAUCCACAUAUAAAACUUAAAGAUAUUAAAUAUGAUGUAAAGUAUGUUUCCAUAUUUUCAAGAACAAAACAGUGAAAUUUAUUAAACGUUGACUAUCAAAGUAACUCUAUACACAACACAGUAAAAUAGCAAGUAUAUCUCAAGUAGUGAUUUGACUUAUAAUAUAUAUAUAAUUAAAUAAGUAGAUGUGUCGAUUUUUUUUAUAAUAGUAUUGAUAUAACUUGAAUAAUAUUUAUGCAAAAACUUUUAUUUCUUUUAAUUAAAUAUUAUAUUGUCUGCUUAGUAAUUUUGUUUAAUAUUCAGAUAAAUACUUAAAAUAAAAAUGUUAGGUUGUUACAAAAAUUUUUUUCGUUUUUUAAUACUGCCAAAUAAAGCAGCUAAGUGCGGAUAGCGAAAGAAACUUUUGGGACAAUCUAAUAUUAUAAUAUAUAAAUAAACUUAUUUUUUUUUAUUAGGUCUUACAUUUAUUUAUAAUAUUCCGUUAAAAUAUUAUUAUUUAUUAAUAAAUUAUAUUAUUUAAUAUUGUUUACUUAUAUAGUGCGUAAUAAGACAAAUGUUUGUUGUUUGUUUAAUAAGUUUCUUAUGCAAUGUGCAAGUAUCAAUGUUAAACAAGUAUAGUAUAAAAAUAGAAGUAACAAAAAAAUGCAUUGCAUCAUUAAAUAAAUGGAAAGUCCUAUCAAAUAAUCUGAUAAGAUUUGGCAGUAUAAAUAUUUUGAUACAAAAUAAUGAUUUUUCAGUUUUACGAUUAUAUUUAGAUCACAACUUGGUGAUGGCAAAUAAUUUUCAGAAAGGAGUGAGUUAUAAACUUAGAAAAUUUCGGAAAAUUUUUUUGUUUAAGAGUAAUUUCUUAUUUAUUUUGUAUAGAAUAAUAAGUUAAGAUACUAGUACUAUAUUAAUAAUCGUUUUGUGUAAAUAGUCAACAUAAUCAUUGUAUACAAACAGAAAUAGUUGUAUAAUUGUAUUGGAUGUAUAUUAUCUAAUGAUACCUUUUUUCUGCUACUAUUACAAUUAUCUAAUGAUAUCUUUUUCUGCUACUAUUACAAAAUAAAUAAAAAAAUUAAUCGAUAAAUAGUAAAUACUUAAAAAAAAAGAAAUUAAAAAUGAUGUUACUAUAUAAAAAGAUAAGACUGAGAGGUAUCCUGAACAUUAGAUCAUGUGUAAUUAUCAUAACUGUAAAUACUAUGUAUCAUAAAUGUCAAAUAAAUAUUUUUGAUUUUUAUAAUUUAA